AGACAAUGCGCUGGUUAUGCGUACUGUCUCUGGUUGGUGCGAUUGCCGCGGUGGUGACGGCACCGAGCGCAUGUCCAGCGCAUACAUUCACAUGUGACGAUGGUUCAUGUAUACCCGAGGACUGGGUUGGAGACGGCGAAGCGGACUGCGAUGACAGGUCGGACGAAACUGGGCAUAUGGUUGCUAAUAGGACGAAAGAAGCGGAUCCUUUCGAUAGCGUUGUCACGACAUCACCACAAAACCAGCCGGCUUCCAAAGUCCGACAACAAACCACUGAAGAACCGAAAGACUGUCCAUACGAGCAUCAGCUACGAGUGGAUGAAUGUGCCGAGCCGGUUCUUUUGUUUUUACAUGACGUUAAUGCUAUCUACUUUGAAAAUUCCAGUCUCCUUUCCGAUAAAGAAACUCAAACAAGAGUGGAGAAGGGCUGUACCCUUAUGCAAGAGUACACAAUCUGCACAAAAGGAGCUUCGGCAGCUUGUAGCGCCGACGAAGGUGUUCAGUCAUGGCGAGAGGUAGAGAUGUAUGCAUGCCAGUUGCUCAUCCCUGCCGUACGCGAACAUCGUCAAUGCUUUGGUCGACCUCGACAUACAGUCUCACUGAUCUAUUUUAGAUUUGACCCGCUUGCUUCACCUUUCUGUCGUCUGGUCACCUCCGUUACACAAGAUGUGAACUGCAUCCAAAAGCAUCACGAGGGCUGCACAGAGGCUGCGUUAGAGAUGCUCGAACCAAUUUUGGAAGAAUCUCAACAGAUUACCUCCUCCCUCAGAUGCCGUUCUCCAAGCGAUCUUCCUGCUCAUGAACCCACACAUGAAAGCACCCCUGAAGACACCGAAGAGCCGACAACCGAAAUGCGAGAAACUACAACUGAAACUACGCCUAUAAUGACUACAACUGCUUCAACCGCACCUCGUACCCCCCAUCUCGUCACUUUACCUUCGACGACUCGCAGAACGAUGGGACCAGUAGUGCAAGAAACAUUGGCACCGCAUGAAGCCACUACAGUUCACAUGCCUUCCGAAAAUCUAGGAAGGGAGCUCAAAAUCAAUAUGAGCGAUGCGGUCAACGCUUUCUAUUACAUUUACGAUGUAUGCUCGUCCGACUACUCGAAAUCGCCCUUCGCCAGGGUUGCAGCUAAGCUCUGUAUGAAACAGGAUGAAAUCGCUAAAUAUAGCGACUGUUAUCAAAACACAUUGGAAAAACAGAAAUGCACAGCACGGGACGUUAAAACCGAAUGUGAAGCCUUGGAAGCAUUCAACGCAAACCUUGACUGCUCUAUUGUGACCAUGAACGAUGUUUGCGAAGUUGAAGCCCAAAACACGGUGAUCGAGCUACAAGAGGCAGUAAAUGAUAUUUUAAUCGAACGGAAAUGCUUCGAACAAAAGGAAAAAGCUGCUGAACCAAAAACACCUGCUGAUCCAAACGAAUUCCAUCUCGAUACGAAGAUGACACAUUGCACAGAUGAGCAAGAAAACGGAGCUCUAGCAUGCUUGGUAGAGUUGGUGGAGAUAAAUAAACAACUGGCUCAAUUCCAAAACCUCAACUUCUUACUUGAGAUCGCCACCGAAAACUCGACAGCAGUGGCAAAUAUCUGUAAAUUGUAUGACAAAUAUGAGAAAUGUCUGAAUGCCAGCGUUUUCUUUGACAACAAGCGCUGUGCCUUCGCUAGUCCACUCAACACUCUCGCAAGAAUUGGUCUCGCUCCCAUCUGCUCUAUCGACUCCGGUCCUCUGCUGUCGUCACACCGUGACUGCCUUGUCAAGCUCGCAUCUCAGGCUGGAGCAGAGUCAUCAAAUUGUCAGAGUGGACUGUCUGGACUCGGAAAUACCGUGAAUAUGAUGCUACAGGGAAUACAUGGCGAAGCACUGCUGUGCAAGUCUUUCUACCUUAUCCGGGACACCUUUGCCUGCGGCGAAAAAGCCGUGGAACAACAAUGCGAUGCUAAAGCUUUGGAAGAUCUUAGCACACUCAAGAAACAGAUGAGUCAAAUAGGCGAAGAAGAGGGAUGUCCCAAAGUGCAGCCGGCAAACCUCGACGAGAUCAUUGCCAGACCUGUGAAGCGACCAACGCCACCGCCGAUACCAUUGCCAAAACGACCAGACACAGCACCAGUGGCUCGCCCGCUGAACACUGCAGCUCCCGUUAAUGGCAGCGCCCAAGUUGUUGAUAUGUCAGCGAGUCAAGAAACUAAUGGGCAAGCAUCUUCUGCGCCACCACCAGCACCGGCUUCUCCACCCCAACCGCAACCUCAAGCCGUAUGCGCACCUGAGCAGCAAAAGAAGUUUGAAGAGUGUGUGCGACCUCUGACAGCCUUCCAACCGCAUCCACUCUCUGUGAUCAAGAUUCCAAGACAGAUCGAUGAAGCAUGUGAAGAGUUCGAAAAAUUCAAGACGUGCGUUUCGGAUGUGCAAUGUCGCCCACUAUGGGCCACAGGCAUGACUGCGAUGUUUUCGUAUGCUUGCGGUGAAGGCAGUGAAGGCUACAAGAAGGUCCGCCAGUGCCUCAGGAAAAUCUCCUCUGAAGAUACUGUCAAAGAAUGCGUCACGACAUUCUCGCGAGGUGCUCCCACUCAAGCAUGCCUUUCGGCUAAUGCUCUGUUGACUUGUGCUAUAGCCCCUAUUCAGACGGAAUGCGGAGAGGAGACAUCAGAUUGGGUAGUGAAAUAUGUGACGAAGUUUGCUACUGCUAUAGAUCCUCGAUGUAAAUUGGCUAGUCAGCUGCCAAUCGGCAAAGUGAUCGGUGUCGGCUGCACAGCUGAAGAGGAGGCUGUCAUCGAGCACUGUGCUGCUCCACUGAAUGACAUUGGUGCGCGAAUGGAAGAACUUUUCCAGGGAGGGCUACAGGCAAUGAUCAAAAAUGUCAAUAGUCUGGCUCCCGUGUUUGCUGGAGGAUGCAAUCUAACAGACGAGUUCCGGCAAUGUGCAUCGUUCUUAUUUACUGGCAGAACACCUUGCGUUGUUUCUUCUUGUAUGAUUCAUGCUGGUGAUGGAAUUUGUGACCAACCCGAUCCGACCAAAGCUAUCGACGAUAACUUGAGCUGCGUCUUCGCGCAGGUUCAAGAACCCUCCUUUGCCAAGUGUGUUCGCUCAAUCCUUACCACAGUCAAGCAGUUUACCCUGAACUCAUUCCGCAACAUUCUGCCCAAAUUUAUCGACUGCACAGAAGAAAUUGUUAUGGCAAAAUGCGGAGAGACUCCCAUCAAGGUCCUGCGAGCCAUGUCUUCACCCGAUAUUUGCCCAAUUGGCCCUGCACCUAUCGUACCUGUGAACAAACCUGAAAGGGUGGAACCACAAGUCCCCACUUGCACCCCCGAAAAGAAACAGGCGUUUGAUCAAUGUACCCAACCAUUUUACACCCGUUAUCGUAUGCUACCGGUGACUCUGAUUAAUGAGAUGGACAAUCUGGACCAGGUUUGUUCUGAUGUGUCGGUCAUGGAUGGUUGUUCGAUAUCUACGAGAAUCUGUUCUACAAACGAACAGACAGCUCUGAAGAAAAUGAUCGAGCAGUUGUGCGCUUCAAGACAAGCCUACGAUCAUUACAAGAUUUGUCUGAAGACGGUCGCCAGCAGUCCGCAGGGUUCAUCAUGCACGUCGGAAUUUAUGUCAUCAACCCCAGGAAGCCGUUGCUCAUCGCUUCAGAACGCAGCCUCUUGUAUAGCAAAACAGGUGCGCGAUGAAUGUGGUGAAGAUGCUCUGACGUACUCUUUUGCUGCAAUGAAUGACUAUGCAAAAAUGGUGGAUAGCCGAUGUUGGAUCGAUAAGCCGUCGGUGGCUAUAGCAACUGGCUGCACCGAACAGGACAUGGUUGCCUAUUUGUCAUGCGAAAGCUCGAUCGACCCAUUCAGCUUCCGACCCGUCUCCAUUAUUGGCGAUGGCUCGAAGUGGGAUGAGAUGUGCACAGCAUUCGCAACCUCGUACAAACCAUGUGUGGAGAAGAUGAAAUGCCGAUUUGAACCUGUGUCUUCAGCAAAUAUGCAGCUCUUUGAUGGAAUUUGCAACAAGCCACUAACACUUCGCGAUCAGAAAUCAUUCGGAAAAUGUUUGUCGGACUACACAAAUAGCGAGAAGGGACAGCAAUGCAUCGCUGCAAUGGCUGCAGUUGAUCCGAUGGCUGCAGAUGCUCCUGGAAAGAUGUGCACCGUACUGAACUCCGUGCUUCAAUGUGCUGGGGAGGACAUUGAGAAACAAUGCGGCUACGAUGCGUUGCUUCAUGUCUACGAGCAGCACACAUUGUGGGCACAAGCUUAUAAUAAGAGCUGCGUUGUACAGUCUCCUGAACCAAAAUCCGUACCUUCCAAUACUUUGGACCAAUCCAAGGAUGUGGAACCUCAACAUGUUACCAAGGACGAGACCACACCCGUCGGUGUGCUUCAGAAGGACACGACACCGCUUGUCAUUGGUGUGGACGUUUUCGAUGUGACGACGUCAGCGGAAGAGACGACGACGACUUCGGAAAUGCAAGAGACCACAACGACGCACCCAAAGGACAUUACUACAAUGACAGCAGGUGUGGCUAACUCUAUGCUCAGCGCUCUACUGGUACUAUUUAUCGCUUUGCGAGUGUUCUAAAGAUGGAUUCUUCCACGUUUCGAAAACAAAGUUGUUAGAACAGAGAUUUAUGAGUCGUUCGACGCAAUUUCACACCAGAAAUUCUGUCCCACACAUUCCCUCAUUACUGAUGAUCUGAUUACCGUAAACUUGCCUUCUUCAUUCAAAAAAUGAGCAUAACGCGACCAAUUCAAGGAGCUUUCCGCUUUACCACACGAAUUUGUGAAAAUUUCUGCAAAAUCUAAGUGGAAAAUCCUUCGAUCUCGGUCUAAUCUAGUAUUCUUUCAUAAAACGAC